AUGGGGCUCACGCCCGCGCUCUUCUUCCGCCUCGCGACCGUCGUCGCCGUCGUCGACGGCGGCGCGGCGCGGGAGAAGCGCACGCUGCGCUUCGUGACCGUCGGCGACUGGGGCGUGCGCCGCGGCGACGGCCGGCGGCCCAGCAUGGAGGCCGUGGCGUCGAGCGUCGACCGCUACGCGUCCGAAGCGGACGUCGGGCUGGUCAUCGCCCUCGGGGACAACUUCCUGGACGCCGGCGUCGCCAACGCGAGCGACCCGCAGUGGGACGCGUCCUGGCGGCGGCCGUGGAUCAACGAGACCGAGACUUCGAGCCUGAAGGGCGUGCCGUGGUACGCGGUGCUCGGCGAGCGCGACUACGCCCGCGGCGCGGGCGGCGCGGCGGCGCAGACGGCCCGGGAGUGGGACGCGUCCGACGACGAGUGGCGCCUGCCGAGCCGGCCCUGCUACGUCAUCAAACGGCACCUCGCGGACCACGCGGAGAUCGCGUUCGUCUUUCUGGACACGGCCAUGUUCGCGCCGGCCUUCCACGCGACGACGGCGGAUCUCUAUAACGCGUCGGACGUCGCCGCGGCCAUGGUCGCUCUCGACGACGCCCUACGAUCGGCCGGGGACACCGCGCGGUGGCUGAUCGUCGCGGGCCACUGGCCGAUGCGGUCCGUGUCCGACUCCGGCGGGUCCCGCGCGCUCCUCGCGCUGCUCCGGCCCCUCUUCCUCGCGCGGGGCGUCGACGCCUACGUCGCGGGCCACGACCGGGCGCUGGAGCACGUCGUCGACGGCCCCCUGCACCACGUCGUCAACGGCAACGCGGCCGCGGGCGGCGGCCGCCUCGACGACGCCUACCUGCUGGGCGCCGUCGACGAGGGCGUCGACGUGGCGCUGGCGACGACGUCCCUCGGCUUCACGGGCCACGUCGUGUCGACGGACGCGAUGGCGACGACGUUCUACGACGAGACCGGCGCGCCGCUGCACGCGUACGAGCAGGCGCCGCGGGCCAAGUGCGUCGAGGACGAGGCGUCGCGCUGCCCGGCCUGGCCCCGGGGCGUCGCGCCGCUGCCGGACCUCGCGAAGCGGCCGCCGCGGCGCGACGCGGCCGCGGGCGCGCCCCCGAACGUUCGCUGGUACGCCGCGGCCGCGGCCGUCGUCCUCGCGGCGCUCGGCGGGCUCCACGUCGGCGGCCGCCUCGAGCGGCGCCGCGUGACGCGCCAGAAGGCCCUCGAGGUCGAGCUCCGGACCCUCGUGGACCGCCGCCGCGGCGCGCGGAGCCUGUCGCCCGAGCCGCCGCUGCCGGCGCUCCUCGACAUCGCGCCGACGCGGCCGGACUACGGCGACCUGGACCUGUCGCCGACGCGCGCCGCGCGGUCCCUCCCCGUGACGCGCAUCGACAUCAUCUAA